GACCAAAGCUCAGCCUUCAGAAUCUCCUUCCUUCACCAACUUGGUCGAAGCACUUCAUCUGGGCUUCCUAAAUCAAAGCCACUGACAUGGCUACAUUUGUGUCCUGUUCCCUGUUUUUCCUGCUAGCCGGGGCUUCCCUGACUCCCCAGUGUUCCAGCGAGGAGGUCAUCGGGGGACAGGAGGUGCCCCCGCACUCCAGGCCGUUCAUGGCCUCCCUGCAGCACCGGGGUGGCCACCUUUGCGGAGGCGUCCUCAUCCACCCACAGUGGGUGCUCACUGCAGCCCACUGCCACCGCCGGUUCGCCAGACGCCAGGCUUUCAAAGUGGUGCUAGGAGCACAUUCUCUCUCUAAGAGUGAGGACUCCAAACAGACAUUUGAUGUUAUAAAGUUCAUACCGUCCCCAGGAUACUCGUCAGAUCCCGACUCCAACGACAUCAUGCUGGUUAAGCUUCACACGGCCGCAAAACUCGACCAGAACGUCCAGCCACUCCAACCGAGCACCAAAGAUGAUAUUAGAGCUGGAACCAAAUGCCAGGUCACUGGCUGGGGUGCCACCAACCCGGUCGUUUUGAGACCCUCUGAUACCCUGCGAGAAGUCACUGUCACCGUCAUAAGUCACGAGGUUUGCAACAGCCCCAGUUACUACAACCACCACCCCAACAUCAUCAAAGGCAUGGUGUGUGCAGGAGACGCCAAAGGCCAGAAGGACUCUUGCCAGGGUGACUCUGGUGGCCCCUUGGUCUGCGGCGGUGCCUUCUAUGGUCUGGUGUCUGCGGGUCAUAAAUGCGGAGAUGCCAAGAAACCUGGAAUCUACAUCCUCUUCACGAAGAAGUUCCAGGCUUGGAUCAAACGCAAGCUGCUCCCGCCUCCUGCAAACUAUGGCGGCCAGUGAUUUUCCGGGGUCUUCCCAUUGCUUGGUUGUGGGCAUUAUUUUCCCCACAACGAGUUCUACAGGCCACUGGUACCUUCAGUGUGGUUGGAUGCGGUUGGGGACAGCUAGGGUCCCCUCCUGCCCCGUUAGGACUGAUUUUGUUAUGGAAUCAAGUUCUUUUUCACCAGUAUCACGGAUGUAUCUCUGCUUAUUUCAUUCUGAAUAAA